ACACUAUAAACAAACAUAUGCGGACUAUAUACUAUAUUUAUAAACAUAGCAACGUUAUAUUCAUCAAUAUUCCUACUACAUUCAUGUACUAAAUUUUUAACGGAAUUUGAAAAUGGCAAAGUUUGAGUGGGACGAGGACGCUGAAAAAAAAUUUUGCGAGUUGUUUGACACGUUGGACAAAGAUGGGAGUGGCAACAUCACGUUCACGGAGCUGCAAGAGGCUGGCAUGAAAGAAGGAGUGAGCGUUCUUGGCCAAACUGCUAGCGAUGAAGAAAUUAACCAGUUCUUAAACGCUGCCGAUACCGACGGGGAUGGCACAGUGUCAAAAGACGAAUUUAGAACAUUUUUACAUGAAUUCAUCAAAAAGUUGCAAGAAGAGCUCAACCAAAGACCUCAAAAGAAAACUACAACUAUCGACUGGGAUGAUACUAAAGAAAAAGAGUUCAGCAACAUCUUUGAGGACCUGGACGAGGAUGGAAGUGGUACACUAGUGUUUGAUGAAAUUAAAUCUUAUUCGCUAAAGCAAUGUGCACAGUUACUCGGAACUAAAAAAAAAACCCCCGACUGA